AUGGUUUCGUCAAUGCACUCUUUCCAGCCCUGCGCAUCAAAACAGAAUUUGGCAGCUCCCGUUUUACUUAAAGAAACAGGCGGGAGCUGGAAAAAAUCUCCCGUCAACACCAACUGGAUCCCGCCGAAUGGCUUGCUAUUACCACGGAUUUGCUUUGCUAUCUCAUUCAGUUUAUCGAAAAAGAUCGAGUCGAUCAUCGAUAGCUCGUCAAUGAUCAAAACCCGGGUUCCCUUCCAACGGUCCACGACGGCCCUUUUGCUUCUGAUUUUGCCAACCAGCUUGUGCACGGGUUCCGACCCAAGCCCAAUUCCAGAGAACCGGUUCAAAGUCGUGCCCUCGAUGUUGGUGGCAGCAAGUCCGGUGGACGCCGUCACGGCAAUCGUGCUGGAACCGUACCGGUUCUUGAGUCUCUUGAUCAGCUCCCGCAGCAGGAACGAUUUACCUGUACCUGCGGAACCCGUAUAA